GUGGCAAUUUAUAACCUGCAAUCUUACACAAUAACAGGCACAUUUUCAUAUCCACUAAUCAAAUGAUAAAAUACCGACAAAAAGUGGCCUUUAGAUCACCAACCUCAGCCUCAUAUGCUUUCAUGCCUGUUUCCAUUACUGAUGCAAAUAACUCCUCAUACCAAUCUGGUCUUGGAGGGUGAAUUCUGUUCAGCAUAUCCUGUAUUGGAAAACAGUAAUGAUAUUACAUCAUAAGAAACUCUACAAGAUAUCAACCUAUUAGUCUUACCUUGCAAGCUCCAAUACUGAACUACUAACUAUUGCAUCCUCAGAAGUCACUUGUCCCAAGUUCCCAACUUAUUUGAGACACACAAAAACUGAUCGCUUUUGGUAAAUUUAAUAGAACCCCAUAGACUUCCUCUGCCCCUUUAGACCCAAAGCACGCUCCCAACAAGAAAAAACUUUCUCAGAGUUCAUUAGCAACUGUAAUUCACAUGCAGUGUCCGAUCAACUUGUCAGCACAAUUACAGUCUACUGAAGCUCAAAAAGGCUUCAAUUUUCAACAAGACAAAAAAACGAAUAAAGCCCAUGAAAUUUCAGAAAACAAUCAAUAGCUACCAACAAACUCCAUAAAGAAUCAUCAAGCCCAGAUAUUAGCUAUCAUACCAUGGGAUCAUUUGCAGCAAAAGAAUUCGGAGCAAUAGGAAAAAGAAGAGCAUUGCCAAACGCUUCUAUGAGACGCCUUCUUGUAACACAACAAGGGCAGAAUGUUGUUGGGGAUGGGAAGGUGCCUUUGUAGCUUUUCUUUGAUUCUUUGAUGUUGUCAUCAGUUCUUGCUUUGGAACAAGAGAUGGCAACAUUUUUUAAGGUUGUGCUUCUGAGGGAUAAAUUGGGAUAUUUGGUUGUCCGAGAAGGAGUAACGUUGAUGGCAAUACUGCUCAAUGAAGAAGGAUAAAGCCAUUUGAGAAUCAUUUCAUGUAAGAAGAUAAAAUCAUGAAAGAUUCUGGUAGGAUUUUGGACUUUGGAGUGGACUUGGCAAAUAUUCUACUAUUUUAUUUAUUUUCUAGGUGUAAAAAGAGAGGUAUUUAUAUCAUCAGUUAUUAUUACUACUACUUCUUCAAGUAACAACCCUAACUUAAAUACCCCCAACUGGGUCGGUCUUCUGGAUAUUUCCUUUCAACUUUUUUUUUUCUUGACGUCAAUAUUUUCAGAAUCGGUAUUGUGCUUAUACUAGUCGACGGUUCAGUGCCUUGACAUUUAUACUGGUUUGGCCAAAUCUCUACAGUUUUAGUUUCAGAGUUCGACUCUGUUUUUACCUCUUCUUUCAAGUUCAUACCUUUUUUAUUGAAGCAUCGAAAUCGUGUAACGGUUGAAGAAUCUUCUCGUAGCAUUGCCACCGCUCCGUCUAAGUCGUUGCUUCUGGUAAGUGCAUAUAAAAUUCUAGGCUAGUAAUGGCUGGUCAGAGGAAUGAUUAUGGAAAGAGAAUACAUUCUCAAUCUGAACAUUUGGCCAGUGAUGGUAGCAAGAGAAGAAAUCCUACUGAUGAUAAGGAGUCCAACACCAUUGGACCCGACGAUACAGUUUACCGCUACUUGUGUCCCUUGAGAAGAAUUGGAAGCAUUAUUGGAGUAGGUGGGGAUAUUGCAAAGCAAUUAAGGUCUGAAACCCUAGCUAAGAUUAGGAUUAGUGAGACGAUCCCUGGCUGCGACGAGCGUGUAGUUACUAUUUAUAGUUCCAGUGAAGAAACUAAUAGCUUAGGAGAUGAUGAUGAUGAUCUAGUUUGUCCAGCUCAAGAUGCUCUUUUUAAAGUGCAUGAUAGAAUUGUUGCUGAAGAUUUACCCAUUGAUGAUGAGUCAGAGGAUCCUCAGCAAGUUACAGUCCGGCUGCUUGUGCCAUCAGACCAGAUAGGAUGUGUGAUUGGUAAAGGUGGACAAGUUGUCCAGAGUAUACGCAAUGAUUCUGGUGCUCAAGUUCGAAUUUUAAGCAGUGAAUAUCUACCUCCUUGUGCUCUGAACUCAGAUGAACUGAUACAGAUUGUAGGGGAAGCAUAUACAGUGAGGAAAGCAUUGUAUCAAGUGGCAUCUCGUCUUCAUGAAAACCCCUCGAGAUCACAGCAUCUACUCCUAUCAUCAUCUAGCAUUUAUAGAUCUGGCAGUGCAUUGGUCAAUCCUGGUAUAGGUGCCCCAUUGAUAGGUUCAAUAGUGGGUCCUUACAGGGGUUAUAAAAAUGCUGGAGGAGACCAUUCUGGAUCUGUAAAGGAGUUCUCUCUUCGUUUGGUGUGUCCAAAUGAAAAUAUUGGAUCUGUGAUUGGAAAAGGUGGUGCUGUUAUUAAGCAAAUAAGACAGGAAUCUGGUGCAUCCAUUAAAGUGGAUACUUCUGUUGCUGAAGGGGAUGAAUGUAUUAUAUCUGUAUCUGCAAGAGAGGCUUUUGAAGAUGCAUCACCCACUAUUGAUGCUAUUAUGCGGUUGCAGCCUCGGUGCAGUGAGAAAACUGAUAAAGAAUCUGAUGAUCCAAUAAUUACUACUCGUCUUCUUGUCCCUAGUUCUAGGAUUGGAUGUCUUAUUGGUAAAGGUGGAGCUAUUAUUAAUGAGAUGAGAAGUGUUACUAGAGCAACUAUUCGCAUCCUUUCUGAAGAAAAUCUACCUAAAGUUGCAUCUGAAGAUGAUGAGAUGGUGCAGAUAACUGGGGAUAUAAAUGUUUCAAGUACAGCCUUGUUACAAGUUAUGCUGAGGUUAAGGGCCAAUGUGUUUGAGAUGGAAGGACCUUUAGCUUCGGUUCCACCUGUUCUCCCAUAUGUUCCAGAUGGUGGUGAUGUCCCAAGGCAUGGCAACCGUAGAUCCCAUAGUCAUGGGUAUUCAACUUACUCUGGUGGGCAUGAUUCCAGAAACCUGGGGCAUGAAAAUUAUGGAGCAUAUGGUAGUCCGCAGACUGGUGGUAGAAGUGGGUAUGGAGCAUAUGGCGGUUAUUCUAAUCGAUCUGGUGGUGGCUCUGGGUAA